AUGGCAACAAAGUGUCCGCUGCUUCGUGAGGACUAGUUAGGAUGUGAGUCGUGACUGACGUUCAGUUUACUCAACAGAAGUUCUGGGAUUUAAGUCACUCUCAUCUCUCUGAAAUGAAGCCGGGAAGAAAGAAAGACUGCUCUUCUGAGAACUUGCUAUGAGACAGCCCGGGUCGCUUUUAAGAAAAGUUGAAUUUAUCAGAGAUGUCCACCACUGUGUCCCCAAAAGUGCCCUCCGCCAGCACAGACUCAGCGGACCAGCGGACAAUCGUCGUGGGUGCAUUCUGUUGUCUGGUGUUUUUCUUUAUGAUCGUGGUGCUGCUGUUGAUACUGUACCGGAAGAUUCCUCUGUGCUGCAAAAUGAGGGUUUAUCAGGAAUCUCGUAGUGACAUGGAAUCUCCUCCUCAGUACUACAACAGCAGACAGACGCUAGUUGGUUCAUCUGAUGCUGAGCAAACACAUGACACCGGUCUGGAUAAUGUGAAUGCACAGUCGGGCUCGUUGUUCCUCAUUGGUGUGCCUAGCAGCUAUUACCUUUCCUCACUGGAGCCUCCUCUUCCUCGUCUGCCCUCAUACGAGAGCGUGCGCAAGAAAGACAGACAGCGGCAGAUCCACAUGAUGAUCGCCGACCGCUUCGGCCUGAACGGACCUGUUGUGACAGAGCCGCCUCCCACAUAUGAGGAGAGCAUUCGUCAGUCCGUCCAGUCCAUUGAUGUCCCGUUUGACAUCCUGGCACCCGAGGAGCCGCCACAAGCACCGGUUACAGUCUCUGAGGCCGACACAGAUUUACCUGCAUAUGAAGAUCUACCUCAAAUCUCACAAGACUCACAAGAUCCCAAUAACACUGUUAAUUAAAGCGCAAGAAUGCAAUCUAUCCUCAGCGGGAAAUGAACAGCUGUUGAGCUGUCGCUGUGCUGACAGCUGAUUGCUCACCCUGAUGAGCCCGGCCGGCGUGUGCGAGAAUCUGCUGUGCUUGCAAAGGACACCAAAAUAGGGUAGGACCUGACCUAUGCAAUAACUUGCACUAGCACAAUACGAGAGGAGAAGGAUGUUGCAUCACCACUGGAAAAAAGGAGAAGAACAAGAAUAUGCAAGAAUUUAAGUUCUGUCUGUUAAAAAAUGACAUGAAACCAUGACUUUUCCAAGCCUAAAAAAUGUAAAAGUUACAUCACAUUCCAUGAUAUUAUAUUAUUUUACAUUAGCAGAGAAUCUGAUUACAUUUCAGAAGUGGAGAAUGUUGAUUUCAUUUUGAUUGUAAGCUAUGACAACAAAUGUUUUUUGAAAUGACAUCCAUUUAUGAAUUGUUCACAAUAACACUAGUGACAUUUAUUAACCAUAAAUAAAGUCUACUGUGAUUUCAGGUUUAAUUUUUCACAGAGAUGGCCGGUUCAUCUCAUACCAAAAUAGCAGCUGAUGCACUGUAUUGACCUAUAAGCACAAAAAGGGACAUUGAAGCCAUGUUUUGGACAUUACAGGGACAUUUUUUUGCAGUUCUUUUAUUACCAUUUCAUCAUCAUUAUUUGCUUUUGUAUGAGAGUAUAUCUUUUUGAAAAAUUACUUUCUUUAGGUAGAACAAAUUUUAUCAUUAUUUUAGCAAGAGAGAAUGGAAAGUAGUUUUAAUUCAAUGCAGAUUUUAACCAAACUGGUAAUUUUUUUUCAGUGUACAUGUUCCUUGUCAAACCAAAUGAUGCCUUGCUGAAAUUCCGUUUGUUGAAUCUCUUUUUAAAUUACAAAUUAUGAAUGUGCUUGAUUGUUUCACUGUGAAUGUUAAAUGUACAGUUUGUAAAAGUAUUACUCGACUUCCGUUUUUCUUCUGUUUCAUCACUAAAUACAGU